GGAGAGGGAGAGAGAGAAGGCGGCCAGGGGAGAAAGAGGAGUCAGACCGGUCACCAUGCGGCGCUGGGCGCCCACGAAGCCCCUCCACCAAUCUCCUCCCGGCCGGCAAUGAGAGGGGUUUUGAUAAUUGCCACCAUGGGGAGACCCUUUACCAUGCUGCUGUUGCUGCUGGUGCAGCAUUUUGGAAACUGUGAAGGAAAUCAAAGACCAUCACUAGUGCAAUAUACACAAGUCCAGUACAAUGCCACGGUGUAUGAAAAUUCUGCAGCCAAGACUUAUAUUGAGCAGCCAGUAAAAAUGGGCAUUUAUCUUGCAAAUCCACUGUGGGAUAUAAGAUACAAAAUUAUAUCUGGUGACAAUGAAAACUUGUUCAAAGCUGAAGAGUAUAUUCUUGGAAACUUUUGCUUUUUGAGAAUACGGACCAAGGGAGGAAAUACAGCUAUUCUUAACAGAGAGGUGAAAGACCAUUACAUAUUGACUGUAAAAGCAGUUGAAAAGAAUACUAAUACUGAAGCACGCACACAGGUCAGGGUGCAGAUACUGGAUACAAAUGACUUAAGACCCUUGUUUUCUCCAACAUCUUACAGUGUUUCUUUGCCUGAAAAUACAGCAAUAAGGACCAGCAUUGCUAGAGUAAGUGCAACAGAUGCAGAUAUUGGAACCAAUGGAGAAUUUUACUACAGUUUUAAAGAAAGAACAGAUAUGUUUGCUAUUCAUCCAACCAGUGGUGCAGUGGUUCUAACUGGAAGACUCGACUAUGCAGAAACUAAGCUUUAUGAGAUGGAAAUCCUCGCAGUGGAUCGUGGAAUGAAAUUGUACGGCAGCAGUGGUAUUAGCAGCAUGGCAAGGCUAACUGUUCACGUAGAGCAAGCAAAUGAAUAUGCUCCUGUUAUUACAGCUGCUGUAUUGGCUCCUUCAGAAUUGGACAAGGAUCCAACAUAUGCAAUUGUAACUGUUGAGGACAGUGAUCAGGGUUCAAAUGGAGAAAUAGCAUCGUUAAGUAUUGUGGCUGGUGACCCACUUCAACAGUUCAAAACGGUGAGGUCGGUUCCAGGAGGUAAAGAAUAUAAAAUCAAAGCUGUUGGUCACAUUGAUUGGGAGAGCCAACCUUUUGGAUAUAAUCUGACUCUUCAGGCUAAAGAUAAAGGAAAUCCUUCACAGUUUUCUUCUGUAAAAGUUAUUCACGUGACAUCCCCACUGUUUAAGUCUGGACCGGUCAGAUUUGAAAAAGAUGUGUACAGAGCAGAGAUAAGUGAAUUUGCCCCUCCAAACACUCCUGUGAUAAUGGUAAAAGCUUUACCUAAUUAUUCUCAAUUAAAAUACAUGUUUAAAAAUGCACCAGGCAAAGUCAGAUUCAACUUAAACCCGCACACAGGUCUUAUUACCACUUUAGAACCAAUAAAAGCACAAUAUUCAUCCCAUUUUGAACUUGAAGUCAUGACAAGUGACAGAAAAGCCUCUGCAAAAGUGUUGAUUAAAGUAAGAGACAUGAACAGUAAUCCCCCUGAAUUUACUCAGACAUCAUAUAAAGCGUCCUUUGAUGAGAAUGUGCCAGUUGGUACUAGUGUCAUGAGUGUGAGUGCAAAAGAUCUUGAUGAGGGUGAGAAUGGUUAUGUAACAUAUAGCAUUGCAAAUGUGAAUCCUUUACCAUUUGUGAUUAACCAUUUCAAUGGUAUUAUCAGUACCACGGAAGACAUGGAUUAUGAAUUGAUGCCAAGGGUUUACAAUUUAAGGAUUCGAGCAUCUGAUUGGGGCAUACCAUAUCGUCGAGAAGUUGAAGUUCCUGUUACUAUUAUUUUAAAUAAUUUGAAUGAUAACACACCACUGUUUGAAAAAAUAAAUUGUGAGGGAACAAUCCCUAGGGAUCUUGGUGUUGGAGAACAAAUUACUACUGUAUCUGCUAUUGAUGCUGAUGAGCUCCAGUUGGUGAGAUACCAGAUUGAAUCUGGAAAUGAAUUAGAUUUAUUUAUCUUAAAUCCAAACUCUGGGGUGCUUUCCCUGAGGCAAUCUCUAAUAAAUGGUUUAGGUGCUAAAGUAUCUUUUCAUAGUCUGAGAAUUACAGCUACAGAUGGUGAGAACUUUGCAGUACCAUUAUAUAUCAACAUAACGGUAGCUGCCAGUCGUAAACCAGUAAACUUGCAAUGUGAAGAGACUGGUGUAGCCAAAAUGCUGGCAGAGAAACUACUGCAGGCAAAUAAGCCACACAAUCAUGGCGAGGUUGAGGAUGCUUUCUUUGAUACUCACUCUAUGAAUCUACAUGCACCUCAGUUUAGAAGUACUCUUUCAAGCAGUGUUGAAGUAAAGGAAAGCCUACCAGUGGGUUCCAGCAUAAUACUCAUGAAUGCCACUGAUCUUGACAUUGGCUUCAAUGGAAAACUAGUUUAUGCUAUCUCUGGAGGUAACAAUGAUAGUAGUUUUACUGUGGAUUUGGAAACAGGAAUGUUAAAGAUUUUAUCUCCCCUUGAUCGAGAAGUAAAAGAUAAAUACACUCUGAAUAUUACUGUGUAUGAUCUGGGAAUACCACAAAAGUCGGCUUGGCAUCUUUUAGAUAUCAACAUUUUGGAUGCCAAUGAUAACAGACCAGAGUUUUUACAGGACAGCUAUUUUGUUGAAGUGAGUGAAAACAAGGAGCUGAACAGCGAAAUCAUUCAGAUUGAAGCCACAGAUAAAGAUUUGGGGCCCAAUGGGGAAGUGAAAUAUUUUCUUCUUACAGAUACAGACAUGUUCACUAUUAACAGUACGACCGGUGUUGUGAAAGUUAUAGGGGCUUUGGAUCGUGAAAUCCAACAUGUGCAUUUCCUGAAAAUAGAGGCCAGGGACCAGCCAAAUGAAGAACCUCAGUUGUUUUCCAGUGUACUUUUGAAAGUAUCUUUAGAAGAUGUCAAUGACAAUCCUCCUAAAUUUAUUCCAAUGAAUUAUCAUGUGAAAAUUCGAGAGGACCUUCCAGAAGGAACUAUCAUCACAUGGCUGGAAGCAUAUGAUCCUGAUGUGGGCCAGUCAAGUCAAGUACGAUACAGCCUUUUAGAUAGUGGAGAUGGAACCUUUGAUGUAGAUAAAUUGAGUGGAGCAAUACGUAUUGUACAAAGACUGGAUUUUGAAAGGAGACAAGUUUAUAACCUGACUGUACGGGCCAAGGACAAAGGAAAGCCGAUUUCAUUAUCUUCUACCUGUUAUGUUGAGGUUGAGGUAGUUGACGUAAAUGAAAAUUUGCACCCUCCACGGUUUUCCAGCUUUGUGGAUAAGGGCUUUGUAAAAGAAGAUGUCCCUAUUGGUUCAUCUGUGAUGACAAUAACUGCCUAUGAUGAGGAUUCAGGAAGAGAUGGAGAGAUUAAGUAUUCAAUCAGAGAUGGAUCUGGCGUUGGCAUUUUCAGAAUAGAUGAAGAAAAAGGUGUAAUAGAGACGGCUGAUCUGCUGGACCGUGAGACUACCUCACAUUACUGGUUAACUGUUUAUGCAACAGACCAGGGUGUUGUGCCUCUAUCUUCUUUCAUUGAAAUCUACAUAGAAGUUGGGGAUGUUAAUGAUAAUGUUCCGCAGACAACAGAACCUGUUUAUUACCCAGCAGUCUUGGAGAAUACACCUAAGGAUGUAUCUGUCAUUCAGAUUGAGGCAUUUGAUCCUGAUUCCAGCUCUAGUGAAAAGUUGACCUACAAGAUUACAAGUGGAAACCCACAGGGAUUCUUUUCAAUAAACCCCAAAACUGGGCUAAUUAUAACCACAUCAAGAAAGCUAGACCGAGAACAGCAAAGUGAACACAUACUGGAGGUAACCAUUACGGACAAUGGUAUUCCUGCAAAGUCAACUAUUGCCCGGGUGGUUGUGAAAGUCUUAGAUGAGAAUGACAAUAAACCUCAGUUUUUACAAAAGUUCUACAAAAUCAGGCUUCCAGAGCGUGAGAAACCAGAACGUGAGAGGACUGCCAAGAGAGAACCUAUUUAUCGGGUUAUAGCUGCAGAUAAAGAUGAAGGCCCCAAUGCCGAGAUAUCUUACAGCAUUGAAGAGGGCGAUGAACAUGGCAAAUUUUUUAUUGAACCGAAAACUGGAGUGGUAUCAUCAAAGAAGUUUUCUGGAGCAGGAGAAUAUGAUAUUCUUUCAAUUAAGGCUGUGGAUAACGGUCGCCCACAAAGGUCCUCGACUACUCGGCUUCAUAUAGAAUGGAUUUCAAAACCUACACCUCCCACAGACCCUAUUUCUUUUGAGGAAACAUUUUUUUCCUUUACGGUCAUGGAAAGUGAUCCAGUAGCUCACAUGAUUGGUGUAAUAGCUGUUGAACCUCUUGGCACACCGCUCUGGUUUGACAUUACUGGUGGCAACUAUGACAGCCGGUUUGAUGUAGACAAGGGCACUGGAACCAUCAUUGUAGCUAGACCUCUUGAUGCAGAACAGAAAUCAAAUUACAACCUGACAGUAGAGGCGACAGAUGGAACCAGCUCUAUCAGCACUCAGGUAUACAUCAAAGUGAUAGACACAAAUGACCACAGGCCUCAGUUUUCCACCUCAAAAUAUGAAGUCAUUAUACCUGAGGACACAGUGCCAGAGACAGAAAUUUUGCAAGUCAGUGCCACCGACAGGGACGAGAAGAAUAAACUAAUUUAUACAAUGCAGAGUAGCACUGAUCCCAUCAGUCUCAAGAAAUUUCGUUUGGAUCCUGGAACAGGCUCUCUUUAUACAUCUGAAAAAUUGGAUCAUGAGGCCAUCCACCAACAUAUACUUACAGUGAUGGUACGAGAUCAAGAUGUUCCUGUCAAACGCAACUUUGCUAGAAUUGUCAUUAAUGUUAGUGACACAAAUGAUCACGCGCCAUGGUUCACCAGCUCUCCCUAUGAAGGACGGGUAUAUGAGUCAGCAGCUGUUGGGUCAGCGGUACUCCAAGUAACAGCAUUAGACAAAGACAAAGGGAAAAAUGCAGAAAUUGUGUACUCUAUUGAAUCAGGGAAUAUUGGAAAUUCUUUUACUAUAGAUCCCAUCUUGGGCACUAUUAGAAUUGCAAAAGAACUAGAUUGUAGUAACCAACGAGAGUACAAUUUGGUGGUGAAAGCUACAGAUAAAGGAAAUCCUCCAAUGAGCGAAGUAACUUCUGUGCUUAUCUUUGUCACAAUUUCUGAUAAUGCCUCACCAAAAUUCACACUGAAGGAAUAUUCUACAGAAGUCACUGAAGGUGCCAGCAUUGGUAGUUUUGUUGGAAUGGUUACUGCAUAUAGCCAAUCUUCUGUAGUUUAUCAGAUAAAAGAUGGUAAUGUAGGUGAUGCCUUUGAUAUCAAUCCAAACUCAGGUGUCAUCACUUCUAAGAAGAUACUUGAUUUUGAAACUUUGUCUUUUUACAUGCUAACUGUUCAAGGAACCAACAUGGCUGGGUUGUCUACUAAUACAACUGUUUUGGUGCAUAUUCGGGAUGAGAAUGACAACUCACCAGUUUUUAUGCAGGCAGAAUACACAGGACUCAUCAGUGAAUCAGCUUCAAUUAACAGUGUAGUUCUAACUGACAAGAAUAUCCCAUUAGUAAUUCGAGCUACAGAUGCUGAUAAAGAAUCAAAUGCUUUGCUGGUUUAUCAAAUUGUUGAACCAUCUGUGCACAAGUAUUUUGCCAUUGAUUCUAGCACUGGUGCCAUUCGUACCAUAAUGAGUUUGGACUACGAAGAGACAAACAUUUUCCAAUUUUCAGUACAAGUACAUGAUAUGGGGACACCACGUUUAUUUGCAGAAUAUGCAGCUAAUGUUACUAUUUACGUAAUUGAUAUCAAUGAUUGUCCUCCUGUGUUUUCAAAAGAUUUGUAUGAGGCAUCCCUUUUGGUGCCUACAUAUAAAAGAGUAACAGUCAUCACCGUAAAUGCUACAGAUGCUGAUUCAAGAGCUUUUUCACAACUAAUUUAUUCUGUCACUGAAGGUAACAUUGGAGACAAAUUUUCAAUAGAUCCUAAGACUGGAACUAUAACUGUACAAAAUACAACUCAGUUAAGAAGCAGAUAUGAAUUAACGGUCAGAGCAUCUGAUGGGAGAUUUGCAAGCACUACAUCUGUAAAAAUUAAUGUGAAGGAAAGCAAAGCAAGUCAACUCAAGUUCACACAGAGUUCCUACUCUGCAGUAGUGCGAGAGAAUUCCACUGAGGCGAAAACAAUAGCUGUCAUUACUGCUGUAGGGAAUCAAAUAAAUGAGCCUUUGUUUUAUCAUAUUCUAAAUCCAGACAGUAGAUUUAAAAUCAGCUACACUUCAGGAGUACUUUCAACCACAGGAAUACCAUUUGAUCGAGAACAACAAGAAUCUUUUGAUAUACUGGUAGAAGUGACAGAGGAGCAUAAACCAUCAGUAGUUGCACAUGUUGUGGUGAAGGUCACUAUAGAAGACGUAAAUGAUAACGGUCCAAUUUUUGUCGAUCUUCCAUAUUAUGCUGCUGUUAAAGUAGACACUGAAGUGGGCCACAUUAUUCGACGUGUUACAGCAGUAGAUAAAGAUAUAGGGAGUAAUGGAGAGGUACGCUAUUACCUUAAAGACCAUCAUGAACACUUCCAUAUUGGGCCCACUGGUGAAAUCACACUCAAGAGACAGUUUGAACCGGACACACUAAAUAAGGAAUAUCUUGUCACAGUGGUGGCAAAAGAUGGAGGAGAACCAAGUUUUUCUGCUGAAGUUACAGUCCCAAUCACUGUUAUGAAUAAAGCCAUGCCAGUUUUUGAAAAGCCUUUCUAUAGCGCUGAAAUACCUGAAAACAUUCAGUUGCAUAGCCCUGUUGUCCAUGUACAAGCAAACAGCCCAGAAGGACUUAAGGUGUUUUAUAGUAUCACAGAAGGAGAUCCUUUCAAUCAGUUUACUAUCAACUUUAAUACUGGAGUUAUAAUUGUUGUUGCCACUUUAGAUUUUGAGUCCCAUCCCGCCUAUAAACUGAGCAUACGAGCAACUGACUCUCUAACUGGGGCCCACGCUGAGGUGUUUGUAGAUAUAAUAGUGGAAGAUAUAAAUGAUAAUCAUCCUCUGUUUACAAAGCUAUCUUAUACUGCAGUCCUUUCUGAGGCAUCUGUAAUUGGGACAUCUGUUGUACAAGUUAGUGCCACAGAUGCUGAUUCUGAAACAAACAGAAGGAUUUCCUAUCACUUGGUUGAGAACAAUAGCAAAAGUCAUGAGUAUUUCCACAUAGAUAGCAGCAGUGGGCUCAUUCUGACAGCAAGAACUUUGGAUUAUGAACAGAUCCAGCAACACAAAUUACUAGUAAGGGCAGUAGAUGGUGGAAUGCCCGCACUGAGCAGUGACAUUAUUGUAACUGUCAAUAUAACUGACCUCAAUGAUAACCCACCGUUAUUUAACCAACUGGUUUAUGAGGCUAAAAUUAGUGAACUGGCUCCCCGUGGACACUUUGUAACCUGUGUAAAAGCCUCAGAUGCAGACAGUUCAGAUGUAAGCAAACUGGAAUAUUCAAUUCUGACAGGCAAUGAUCACAUGAAUUUUGUAAUUAAUAGCAAAACUGGCAUCAUCUCCAUCUCAAACCCACGCAAACAGACCUUGAAGCGUCUUUACAAUCUUAAUGUGUCUGUGUCUGAUGGUGUCUUUAGAAGUUCAGCUCAGGUACAAAUAACUGUUACUGGAGCCAAUUUGCAUAGCCCUGUUUUCAGUCAGAAUGAGUACGAAGUGGAACUGGCUGAAAAUGCUCCAUUGCAUACCUUGGUGACUGAAGUUAAAGUGACAGAUGAAGAUUCUGGGGCUUAUGGCCAAAUCAGUUAUCAUAUUGUAAAUGACUUUGCCAAAGAUAGAUUUUAUACUAAUGAGAGAGGUCAAAUAUUUACCUCUGAAAAGCUUGACCGUGAAACACAAACAGAAAAAGUAACUUCUAUUAGUUUAAUGGCAAAGGAUGCUGGAGGAAAAGUUGCUUUUUGCAAUGUUAAUGUGAUACUUACAGAUGAUAAUGAUAAUGCCCCUCAAUUCCGAGCAACAGAGUAUGAAGUGAAUAUUGGAUCUAAUGUUCCAAGAGGAACAUUUAUCACCAAAGUUUUGGCAUCUGAUGCUGAUGAGGGUACAAAUGCAGACAUUACAUAUGCCAUUGAAGCAGAGUCUGAAAGUGUCAACGAGAAUUUGGAAAUUGAUCCUUUGUCUGGUGUAAUUACUACAAAAGAAAGCUUAAUUGGUUUAGAAAAUGAGUUUCUAACGUUCUUUGUUAAAGCCCGGGAUGGUGGAUCCCCCCCAAAACAAUCAGUGGUUCCUAUCUAUAUUAGAAUACUCCCACCAGAAGUGACUCUUCCCAAAUUUGCAGAGCCAUUUUAUUCUUAUACUGUUUCCGAGGACAUUCCUAUUGGAGCUGAGAUUGAUGUUAUACAUGCAGAGCAUAAUCAAACAUUAGUAUACACUCUAGUUAAAGGGAACACUCCUGAAAGCAAUAGGGAUGAAUGCUUUGUGAUUGACCGACACAAUGGAAGAUUGAAAGUUGAGAAGAGUCUUGAUCAUGAGACAACUAAGUGGUAUCAGUUUGCAGUGCUAGCACAUUAUACGAAUGACAGUUAUAAUGUUGUUUCCUCAGUAGAUAUAAGCAUUCAGAUAAAAGAUGCAAAUGACAAUAAACCGGUUUUGGAGUCCAGUCCAUAUGAAGCAUUCAUUGUGGAAAACAUGCCAAGCGGAACGAGAGUCAUCCAAGUGAAAGCAACUGACUUGGAUUCAGGACUCAAUGGGCAGGUUACAUAUAGUUUAGAUCCAUCACAAGAACUGGAAAUCACAGAGUCUUUUGCCAUAAACAUGGAAACGGGUUGGAUUACCACCCUCAAAGCGCUUGACCAUGAAAAACGGGAUAAGUACAAAAUUACAGUGGUUGCAUCUGAUCGUGGUGAAAAAAUUCAAUUGUCUUCUGUGACAGUGGUUGAAGUUACUGUUACAGAUGUAAAUGACAAUCCUCCACGCUUUACUGCGGAGAUAUACAAAGGGACAGUUAGUGAAGAUGAUCCACCUGGUGGUGUGGUUGCUAUCUUAAGUACCACUGAUGCUGAUACAGAAGAAUCUAACAGACAAGUCACCUAUUAUGUUACAGGAGGUGAUCCCUUUGGGCAGUUUGCAAUCGAAAACGUGCAGAAUGAAUGGAAAGUCUAUGUGAGAAAACCUCUGGACAGGGAAGAAAAGGACCAUUACCUUCUAAACAUUACAGCUACUGAUGGGACCUUUGCAACAAAAGCCGUGGUUGAGGUUAAAGUCCUAGAUGCUAAUGACAACAGUCCUGUUUGUGAAAAGGCUUUAUACACUGAUACUGUUCCAGAGGAUGCCCCUCCUGGCAAACUGAUUAUGCAGGUAUCUGCUACAGAUGCAGAUAUUCGUUCCAAUGCAGAAAUUACUUAUACGCUGCAUGGCACUGGAGCAGAAAAAUUCAAGCUCAGUCCAGACACAGGUGAACUGAAAACAUUAGCACCACUUGAUCGUGAGCAGCAAGCAGUUUAUAAUCUUUUAGUCAAGGCCAUAGAUGGAGGAGGAAGAUUCUGCAAGGCUAAUGUGAUUCUCACUCUAGAAGAUGUGAAUGAUAAUGCCCCAGAGUUUACAGCUGAUCCUUACUCCAUUACAGUGUUUGAAAACACUGAGCCUAAAACACUAUUGACAAGAGUGCAAGCUACAGAUGCGGAUGCAGGGAUGAACCGUAAAAUUCGCUACUCACUAGUGAACUCUGCUGAUGGACAGUUCUCAAUUGAUGAAUUCUCUGGAAUUGUUCGGUUGGAGAAGCCUUUGGAUCGGGAGUUGCAGGCAGUGUACACUCUGACUUUAAAAGCUUUAGAUCAGGGUUUACCUAGAAGGCUGUCCUCUGUUGGUAGUCUUGUGGUUUCUGUUUUGGAUAUAAAUGACAAUCCACCUGUGUUUGAAUAUAGAGAGUACAGUGCCACUGUAUCAGAGGACACUUUAAUUGGAACAGAAGUUCUUCAGAUUUAUGCUGCUAGCAGGGACAUUGAAGCCAAUGCCGAGAUCACCUAUUCAAUAGUCAGUGGAAACGAACAUGGAAAAUUCAGUAUUGAUUCAGCAUCAGGAGCCAUUUUUAUUAUUGAAAGCCUGGAUUAUGAAAGUUCCCAUGAGUAUUACUUGACAGUGGAAGCCACAGAUGGAGGCACACCUUCAUUAAGUGAUGUUGUAACAGUGAAUAUCAAUGUAACUGAUAUCAAUGAUAACACUCCAGUGUUCAGCCAAGACACCUAUACAGCAGUAAUCAGUGAGGAUGCCAUGCUUGAACAAUCCGUCAUUAUGGUUAUGGCAGAUGAUGCUGAUGGACCUUCAAACAAUCACAUUCACUACUCAAUUAUAGAUGGCAAUCAGGGGAGUCCUUUUACAAUUGACCCUACCAAGGGUGAAAUAAAAGUGACUAAACUUCUAGACAGAGAAGAGAUUUCAGGAUACACCUUGACAGUUCAAGCUUCAGAUAAUGGAAAUCCAUCCAGAGUCAACACAACUACUGUAAAUAUUGAUGUAUCAGAUGUAAAUGACAAUCCGCCAGUAUUCUCAAAGGGGAACUAUAGUGUUAUCAUCCAGGAAAAUAAGCCUGUUGGAUUUAGUGUGCUCCAGCUCACAGUGACAGACAAGGAUUCUUCCCAUAAUGGUCCACCUUUCAUCUUCACCAUUCUUAGUGGAAAUGAAGAGAACGCUUUUGAGAUUAACCACCAGGGAGUGCUUACCACAUCUGUUGCACUGAAACGCAAAGUGAAGGAUCAUUAUUUUCUCCAUAUUAAGGUGGCAGAUAAUGGAAAACCACAGUUGUCAUCUUUGACUUACAUUGACAUUAGAAUUAUUGAGGAGAGCAUCUAUCCUCCAGCAAUUCUGCCGCUAGAAAUCUUUAUUACAGCCUUUGGAGAAGAAUAUUCAGGUGGUGUCAUUGGGAAAAUCCAUGCAACCGAUCAAGAUGUUUAUGACACUUUGACAUACAGUUUGGAUCCCAAGAUGGAAUCCUUAUUCUCUGUCUCUAGUGCAGGUGGUAAACUGAUAGCACACAAAAGGCUAGACGUAGGACAGUACCCCCUGAAUGUCACUGUUACAGAUGGAAAAUUUACUACUGCAGCUGACAUUACAGUGCACAUCAGACAAAUCACGCAAGAACAGCUAAACCACAGCAUUGCUAUACGCUUUGCAAACCUCGCUCCUGAAGAAUUCAUUGGUGACUACUGGCGUAAUUUCCAGAGAGCUUUAAGAAAUAUUUUGGGUGUGAGAAGAAGCGACAUACAGAUUGUUAGUUUGCAACCCUCUGAUCCUCCUUCAAACCUCGAUAUACUACUGCUUGUUGAGAAAUCUGGUAGUUCUCAACAUCCAACCAGAAUUCUACUCCAGAAGAUAAACUCCUCUGUAGCUGACCUUGAGGAGAUCUUAGGUGUCCGGAUACUUGACGUUUUCCACAAGCUUUGUGCAGGCCUGGAUUGUCCUUGGAAAUUUUGUGAAGAAAAAGUGACCAUAGAUGAGAAUUCCAUGUCAACUCACAGCACAGCCAGGCUGAGUUUUGUCACUCCACGUCACCACAGAACAGCAGUUUGUCUUUGCAAAGAAGGGACGUGCCCCCUUGUGAAUAAUGUGUGUGAAGGAAACCCAUGCCCCGAAGGUACUGAAUGUAUAGCAGAUCUUAAGGAAGGAAAGUACACCUGUGUUUGCCAUAGUGACAAGCCUGGCCAGUGUCCUGCAUCAGUUGGUUCGUCAGUGACAUUUACAGGGAGCAGCUAUGUGAAAUAUCGUCUCUUGGAAAAUGAAAACAAAGAGGAAAUGAAGCUCACAAUGAGGCUUAGAACAUAUUCAACCCAUGCAGUUGUCAUGUAUGCCCGAGGAACAGACUAUAGUAUCUUAGAGAUUCACCAUGGGAGGCUACAGUAUAAAUUUGACUGUGGCAGUGGUCCUGGCAUUGUCUCAGUUCAGAGUAUUCAGAUUAAUGAUGGUCAUUGGCAUUCAGUGUCUCUUGAAGUGGAUGGAAACUAUGCCCGGCUGGUUCUGGACAGGGUGCACACUGCAUCUGGUACUGCUCCUGGCACGCUUAGAACACUAAACCUAGAUAACUAUGUAUUUUUUGGUGGACAUGUUCGGCAACAAGGUACAAGGCAUGGGAGGAGUCCUCAGGUCAGCAAUGGUUUCAGGGGAUGUAUGGAUUCCAUUGUACUUAAUGGGCAAGACCUACCACUAAACAGCAAACCGCGAAAUUAUGCACAUAUGGAAGAAUCUGUAGAUGUAUCUCCUGGAUGUUUACCGACUGCUACUGAAGGCUGUUCAAGCAGUCCUUGCCAGAAUGGCGGCAUAUGCAAUCCACUGACCAAUGGAGGUUAUUAUUGCAAGUGUGCUGCUUUGUUUAUGGGAACCCAUUGUGAAGUGAGUGUCAAUCCAUGUGCCUCCAAUCCUUGCCUUUAUGGUGGCACUUGUAUUUCGGUCAGUGAUGAUUUUGUCUGCCAGUGCAGAGGACAGUACACUGGUCAGAGGUGUCAGUUGGGUCCAUAUUGCAAAGACAACCCUUGCAAAAAUAGUGGCAAGUGUAUUGAUAGUUUGGAUGGGCCCGUUUGUGAGUGUGAGACUGGUUUUCGUGGAGAAAGGUGCCUGACUGAUGUUGAUGAAUGCACAGAAAACCCAUGUCUCAAUGGUGCCCUUUGUGAGAACACAUAUGGCUCAUAUCACUGCAAUUGUAGCCAUGGAUUUGGAGGAAGAUCUUGUGCAGAGAUUGUUCUCAAUAAAUACGUUUCAACAUCUUGGAACAUUAGCUUAGCAGAAGUAAUCGGAAUUAUUGUUUUCAUAGCCGGAAUCUUCUUCUUAGUUGGGAUUUUUGUUUUCUGCCGCAAACUGAUCAGUAGAAAGAAGAAACGCCAGCCAGAGUCUGAAGAUAAACACCUGGGAACAACAACAGCUUUCUUGCAAAGACCAUAUUUUGAUUCAAAACUGAAUAAGAACAUUUACUCAGAUAUCCCACCCCAGGUGCCUGUUCGGCCCAUUUCUUAUACUCCAAGCAUUCCAAGUGACUCCAGGAACAAUCUUGACAGGAAUUCUUUUGAGGGGUCGACCAUCCCAGAGCAUCCGGAGUUUAGUACCUUUAACCCAGAUUCUGUACAUGGCCACCGAAAGGCAGUGGCUGUCUGCAGUGUGGCACCUAACUUGCCUCCGCCACCUCCAUCGAACUCUCCUUCAGACAGUGACUCAAUUCAGAAACCGAGCUGGGAUUUUGACUAUGACACUAAAGUAGUAGAUCUUGAUCCUUGCCUUUCAAAGAAGCCUCUGGAGGAAAAGGCCUCUCAUCCUUACAGCACUAGAGAAAGUAUGUCUGAGGUCCAGUCCCUUAGCUCCUUCCAGUCAGAGUCAUGCGAUGACAAUGCUUCCAUAGUGACUGUAAUACACCUUGUCAAUGCUGUUGUUGACUCGGUGGAAAAAGAAGAGUCUUUUGCUGUUCCUGACCUCAGCAAUUCAAGAGGUUAUCAUUGGGAUACAUCAGAUUGGAUGCCAAGUGUUGAACUGCCCGGUAUCCAAGAGUACCCAAAUUAUGAGGUGGUUGAAGAACCAGCUCCCCUUUACACAGAUCCAAAUGCCAUUGAUACAGAUUACUAUCCUGGAGGCUAUGACAUAGAAAGUGAUUUCCCACCUCCACCUGAUGACUUUCCUGCACCUGAUGAGCUCCCGCCAUUACCACCAGAAUACAGUGACCAGUUUGAAUCAAUACAGCCACCCAGAGACAUGCCGGCAGUGGGCAGCUUGGGUUCUUCUACAAGAAGCAGGCAGAGGUUCAACCUUAAUCAAUACCUUCCCCAUCACUACCCAGCAGAUAUGUCAGAACCUCAGAAUACAACCAGUGGAGUCAACAGUAAUUAUAGAGAACCUUAUGCUCCUUACACUUUAGUGUACAAUAGAGACUUUGAAGCACCCACUGUAGACAACAUGUCCCUGUCUGUGUACACUUCCACGGCUUCGUGCUCCGAUGUGUCAGCAUGCUGUGAAAUGGGGUCUGAGGUAAUGAUGAGUGACUAUGAGAGUGGAGAUGAUGGCCACUUUGAAGAUGUGACAAUUCCUCCACUUGAUUCUCAACAACAUACAGAAGUCUGACACUCACACUCAACAAAAGUGCCUAGGCUUGAAUGAAUUUUAAGGAUUCUCGAAGAGCUUUUUUUUUUUCUCUUGGCAGCAGUGCUUGAAUGCGUUUGUUUAGUGAGCUAAAACUGGCAUGGCUGCACUGGAUCAUGCAGCUCAUUUCAACAUAUUAGCCUAUUUCCAUUUCCUAACCUACUGUAAUUGGACAGAUCAAAGGUUUCCAUUGGCUGUGCCAUUUCUGAAAGUGUUUUUUGUACUUACUUUUGUCUGUUAAAGAAAUUUAAAAAAAAAAAAACCAAACAAACCACAUACCACUUCACCAUGUUAGCAUGAUACAUGUAUUUAUAUAGUUCUAAUGCAAAUUAAUUUUCUCCAAUCUUUUUUGUAAAUUUUAUGUACAGUUUUGAUUUUAAUAGUUUUAACUAGAUUUUGUAGAUAUUUUGUGAAUUUGUUUUCCACUGAAUCUAGUGGUGUUAGUGUGCCAUUAUACUAGCACCCUGACUAUUAUUAUAAUCAGGGCUUCACUGUAUGUAUUUUUUUUUCCCCCGUUGAGGUUUGGCAUUUCAUUAUAAGGAUUUCAGCAUGUUCAUGCGAUUUCAGCUGUACAUAGGUUAGACGAGAUCUGAUAUUUUCUGGGUCAGAUAUAUGGAAAUGUCUUAAAUGGGUUGCUGUAUUUUAGAAUUGUAAACAUUUUUUCCCUUCUUGGAAAGUGUGUUGGGGACCCUCUGCAUACCUGUUUAGAACCAAAACCACCAUGACACAGUUUUUAUAGUGUCUGUAUAUUUGUGAUGCAAUGGUCUUGUAAAGGUUUUUACUGAAAACUACCAUUUGCCAGUCUUUCUUACUGACAAUAAAUUAUUAAUAAAAUA